AUGACUGAAGACUCCAAGUCCUUCAAGGGGGACGGAAAUGAGACAGACGACUCGGCCGCGAUGCUGCAGAGUCUGCUUCAUGGGAGUCUUGACCUCUCGCCAGAGAAAGGCACCCGUACGCCUUCAGCGAAGAGCAAAGCGAGUGUCGGUUCUCCAACCGAUACGAAUAUCGAGGGAACUCGUUCCAAUGUUGGUGAGGGCGCAAACCCAACCGUCGCCAGUGGCAUUUCUGGCGAUGGCGAGGAAGCAGAAGUUCUGUUUCAAGGAAGAUUGCACCAACUAAAAGGAAAUCUGAAAUCUGAUGAAAAGGACGUGUUGUGUGAUUUCUGA